GGAAAUCUGAGGUUUUGUGGUUUUUCUUGAGUUUAUCAGGUUCUUCGGACCCAGCCCCAGCGUCGCCAAUCGGCUUCACUCUUGGAGAGAGUGGACCAAUCAGCGACAGUCUUUGAUGAAUAUUCAUGAGUCCACGAUUCAAACCUUUGAGCGAGUUUGUCUUGAUCCACAGCAUCAUACCUAGGACUUUUCACAGAGACAAACUACAUUUUCUUAUGAAUGGAAAGAGAAAAAAUCAGUUCGGCUUAAAUUGGGACCCAUCCUUCACUGAGAUCAUAGAAGGAAAACAAAAAAAGCAAGAGAGGGGGAACCGCCAGAAGAGAUGACAAUGACUACAAUACCAGAAAGUCUUAAUAGCCCUGUCUCAGGAAAAACCGUUUUCAUGGAGUUUGGACCCCCAAGUCAACAAAUGUCGCCUUCCUCAAUGUCUCACGGACACUAUCCCAUGCACUGUUUACAUUCUGCAGGUCAUACCCAGCACGACAGCUCCUACAGCCCAGCCUCGUCGUUUCCCAGAUCUUUGGCUUAUCCAUACGUAAACUCCGUCGGCAGCCAUUCCACCAGUCCAUAUCUCAGCACAGUACAGACCUACCAAAACAGCUCGGCACUCGCACAAACACGGUUAGAAGAUACAGCACCAGAAGCGGAGAAAAACACAGUAGUGGAAGGCGGAGAGGUUCGGUUCAACGGAAAAGGGAAAAAGAUUAGGAAACCAAGGACUAUCUAUUCGAGUUUACAACUUCAAGCUCUGAACAGAAGAUUUCAACAAACUCAGUAUUUGGCGUUACCGGAGAGAGCUGAGCUCGCAGCGUCUCUCGGUCUCACCCAGACACAGGUGAAGAUUUGGUUUCAGAAUAAGAGAUCCAAGUUCAAGAAACUGAUGAAGCAAGGCGGUGGCACGAUUGAUAGCAACGCUUUAGCUAAUGGCCGCGGACUUUCCACCGGUUCCCCCUCGGUGGCACCUGUUUGGAGCUCGCCGACCACCGUGAAAACUUCAGUGGGGACGCCGGGGUCUUACAUUCCCAGCUACACCUCAUGGUAUCCAACCACACACCAAGAGUCUAUGCAACAGUCACAGCUCAUGUGAACAGAGACUUGAGCGUCCGGCCUCAGCUCCGCCAUGGCUCCUAUCAGGAACGCAAAGGGCCAGCAGCGGCCCUGCACUGCUAAUGCACACAAAGUAUCCCGGAGUUUGCUCCCAUGUUGCCAGCUGACACAAUGGCCUCCUCAUACCGGAUGACGGCAGGCAGUGAAUCAGGGAGCCGAGAGACUGAAAAGGCACCCUGUAUGCGCCCAAGGGCACCCAGUCCUUUGAGUCCAUGACAGUCAGCGGAAAUCGUAAACAAAUGGAUCCUUUUUGGCUGCUGUUUAUCAUUUCUGUGGCAUUUUUUUAAAAGGCUAGCGUAUUUGUGAAAGCAGAUCUAUUGAGCUGUACAAUAUCUCUAAGAAAACCCACGUGUUAGAUUUAUUUACGUGUUACACUAGCCUGGCUGUCACGUGCAGUGUCAACAGAGCCCUGCAGACACCACGGGCCUCACAGGCACAUAUGGGCUUAGUGUGAUGAGACCUAAAACUCCUGAUCAGCAGCUAAACAUCACUCAUAGAGCUGUUUCCUUAACCAAAUAAAUACUAAUAAAUCGAAGCAAGCCUCGCCCAACAGGCUGUUUUGCUCACAUUCUAGUAGAGAGCCAUUGUGCAAAGCCUCAAAAUGCUAAUAUGUUGUUUAAUGUGUGUUUGCUAUUUAAGUUAAAUUAUUCAGACUAGUUUUUUUCUGUUGAAGUCAGUAUGUGUUCAAUUUUUCUAAGUGUAUUUGAGAUAACAACAAAGUGUUGUUAAUGCUGCACUGACGCAAGCAGAGCUUUUCUAUCACCGUGCCCCGAUGUUAUGUGAACAUGUAAAAGGCCUGACGAUUUGCUGCUUUAGACAAGAAGAUGAUGAGGAAAAAAAGGAAAAAAAGAAGAAAAAAAAAACAUCCCGAGGGUGAACAGCUCAGUUGUCACUGUAUUUUUGUACAUAAAUAGACAUUUCCAGAUUUGGUUUGUGCUGUACUCGAUACGCUGUGAAACAGGGUUUUAGGCUUUCUGUAUUCGUCCAGAUGUGUUUAGUCAACAUAGAAAUAUUUAGUUUUGUAUUGACCACUUUAAUUUAUUUCUUUGUUUCUGAAGUUUAUGUACAUAAUGUGCAGUUUCAAAAGCAGUAAAAUAAUGAUUUAAAUGAUGUCAAGAAAGGUGUCUGAUUGAAAA